AUGGUCUUGUUCGAUAUUGUUUUCGUUCGACAACAGGCAAGCCUGGUGCUAUUUCUCGUUGGGAAGGCAAGUGUCACAAAUGGUAACCGUGCCCUCGCCAUAUGGGAAGCAUGCAUCACGUGGUGGUCGCGCUUCUACGGAUGGGUAGUGCUAACGACGGGUGCAUUCUUUUUGGCAGCCCAAGCUUCGAGCGUGCCGAGCCUAGAGGGGACUUUCUGCUUGACUCUAGAUCUACAAGAGGACGAAGACGUGACGUUUUCGGACGCGCUUGGAUUCGUGAUAAACAACGGCAUACUAAUAAUCCAGUUCGCGCUUCUGCUGGCGAUCUUCGUGAAGCCGCUCAUGAUCCCCCAAGGCCAUACGCAGUCAGGCGGGGCGGUGUACCGUCGGUUGGUGAUGCGAAACGUGGCAUGUACGAUCGCCAUCACCUUCACCUACGCCGUCACAACCGUAAUUGUGGUAUUGGGCUUUCUCACCACUGCUCCCGGGAGCAUCAAGGCGGCUCAACUCGCCGACCUUCUGCCAACGGCAAAUAUUUUCGUGACCCUCUGUCUGACUGAGUUAUCCUUGCCUCUUGGAUUCUCCAGCUGCGUGAAGGCCAUCAAGGCCGAGACAAGCUCGGUGGUGGACAGUUAGAGACACCAGACGGUGAAGGGAGAUCAACCCAUGCCGAUGGCCCAGUCAGGGGACAAUGGUACGGGGCUUGGCAGCGGCGAGUCACAGGAAGCAGGCGAGUCUACCGAUUUUCCCUUCGAGAUACCGUAAUGGGAAAGCCCGAUCGUAAAUGAAGAUGUAGCGCAACGGCCCAGUCAAUGGAGAGGGACAUAGUAGCUCAUACUGGACGGAGGAGCGAGGACCCCAUCGCGGGCCUGGAGAUUGUGCCGAUGCCUCUAGUGACCAUCGAGUGUGGAGGUUGGAGUGCAGGGGUUGUUUGCGACCGCUUUCCGAAAUGAGCGCUGCAGCGAGCCGGCGGUGCUGGCACCUGGGACGGUGAGCACAUAUCCGCUUCCUAGGCCAUGGAUAUUUGGAGCGCACUAUAAAAGUUCGGUGAUUGCCUCUUGCGCGCAGAGGGGAGGUCUCCUGAACGAUCCCCGCUCGCGCGGUUUGAUGCCUGGCUUUGAACUUGGACUUCACCCGUGGGCGUUGUUGUCCGCGCGGUUCGUAAACAUAGGUUAUACAAUUUGUAGUAUCUGCUGGUACUUGUAGACUAUGUGUAGUGGGGUUCUCUGGGCGAUUCCCUCUCGCGUCCCUUGAUGUUGGGCUCAAACCGAUAAAGGGUGUUAUGCGUGUGAUUCUGGACGUUGGGUAAUAUAGUAUGUAAAUAUUAUCUGCUGGUGUUGUAUAUAUGGUGGGAGCAGGGGUGGGUUCCCUUUCACAGAAUGUGGCGUAUUGCAGCAGCGGAGGUGGCGGUGCCGCUGUGGCUCGUAGACUUUGUAGUCUACCACAGAGGUUACACUGCUGUCACCGCUCUAUCACAGAGGUUGGUCUACACUGCUGUGAAAUCGGUAGGCCCGAGCGAGCUUUGGAAAGAGAAAUGCAGAUAGAUGUUCUUAUCAACUGACUCCCUGGUCAGGCUUUGAUGGGUGCUAGAUGAGAGUGAGCACAAGGGGCGAAGGCGCGCUUGUGUCUCAUCUCAACAACAAAACA